UGCCGUGUCACGGGAUCGUAACACUACCCUCCUCUUCUACUUUCGAAGUUCCAUCGAGAAGUAUGUCGCUUUCUGCUUCCUUCCUUUAACGUCGUUAUGCCGAAACAACCGAGGUUGAGCAGCACUGAUCGUCGCAAGGAACUCGCAGACAAAAUCGACCUGGUUGGCUCCGAAAUGCCUGUCGCUUGUUCUGAAUGCCGGAAGCACAAACGCACCUGUCUGGUGCACACAAGCAGCGGUCGCUGCAACCACUGCAAUCGUCACAACUCGGUUUGCGACGUCCGGGUCACUGAAGCGGAGUGGUCGAAGCUGAAAUCCGCUCGGGAGGUGUUGUUGUCUCGCCUUGCCGAAGCUCGGGAGGCUACGUCCCUGGCCAUCGCUAAGGAGCAGCGUUUGAUGAAGCAGUUGGCCCUCGUGGAUCGUCGGGCCGCUACUGCGAUUUCGGUAGGGGAGCGCGAAGCGCAGGAGGCGGAGGUUGAGGAGGUCUUUUCCCUGGAGGCGGUGCUGCCUGCUGGCUCCUCUUCGCUUAGUGGUUCCUCGAUGUCCUUGUCGCCUUUCACCUGGGCCGCUACCGACGGGCUUGACGAUGCCUUUUUCGAGAACCUCGGUUCUGCGCCUCCUUGGCCUGUUCUUGAUGGAAGCUCUGGAGCAGUAGCCGGCAGUUCGUCAGGUUCUUGAGUGGUUCCCAGUAUUUUUUCAACUUCGAAGACAUCUUCUUCAAAGUUUUCCUGGUGGAAGGUUUCUUGUAAUGGCGUUUCUGGGUCAGCUGGUUCAAGCUGAGAGACAUGGAAUGUCUGAUGUUUUCUGGUGUCUGAUGGCAGUG